AUUUGCUGUUUGGAAGCUGCCAAAGCAUAUUUAGUCGCCAGCACCACAGAGAGACCAGAUAUCAGCUGGGAACUCGUGAAAUAGAACGACUAGAAGAUGAAAUACGCCGCUUGAUCGAAGGUGGCUUCACAUGGAAGGACGCCUACACGCAGUGUACACUUCAGAACACUCUCCUGGAGUUCAGUCAGGGACGGAUUUUUAAUAGAAAACUCUGCGAGGAAGCACUGAUGUCCACAGACUGGGCAGAUGACACCAACAGCGAGAUCGCCAGAGUUCUUCUCCAGGCUCUUGAAUCAAGCCAGGUGAACCCCAGGGAAAUCGAAGCUUCACGGAGUGAGGCUGAGGAGGACACGAACCUGCUCAACUCCAAUAAACGAGACGAGAUCGUGCAGGUUCACAAGUACUUUGACAAGUCAACGGGGCAACUGAAACGAGAUCCUUUCUUCGAUGAUGCCGGUUACCUAUAUGAGAACAGCGACAAACCCAAGUACACCGUCUAUUAUCCGGAGAAUGACCCAGCCCAAGAUGACAAGGACACGUACCAGUUUUUUGAGAGCCCCGAUGGCAGUCGUGUUAUCCCUGACCAAGAACCCUCGUCGGAACCAUCGGACGCCGAAGAUCUGAUACUUUUCCAGAACAGUAAUCAAUUAGAGGAUGACAAAAAAGCUACAGAUAGAGAGGAGGCAACAAGUGAAGGUCGUCCCAACAUCAAAGACAUUAUUGAAAACCUCGUUUUGAGUCCAGAUGACGAGUAUAUUUUGGAAGGCUUGCUGGAGG